GUGUUGUACCGGAGCAGCAACGUUAAACCGGAUUAAAGUGACCAUUACUGGGCCCGUUAGAGUGAGAGCCGGACCGGACUAAUCCCGGACUGGGACCUGGACCAUCUCAUUCUAACGUUGGCUGCUAGCGGGCUGGGAGAGUGUUCGUCUGGUAGCUGUUAGCAUGUUAGCAGCGCAGGACAGCGGGUAGAGACGCGGUCCUGAUGCCUGACUGUGGAGCCGGUUCACCGGCCUGAACACACGGUGACUCUGGUCUGAUUAAACCUGAGGGAACCGACAGCAGCGAGGUCAGAGGUCAUGAUUCUCCACGAUGAACCCGGUCCGCAAACGCCUCAGACUCAGCCCGUCCACACCGCAGCCGUCCUCCUCGUCCUCCUCCUCCACCUCCACCCGGAGCCUCAGACCGACUCCACCUGCUCCUCAGCUUCUCUCCCAUGAUGCUUUGCUGCUGUCUCCAGCUCCUGCAGGGGGCGGAGCUGAGGAGGAGGAGGAAGGUUACCUGCUGGUGGAGGAAGAUACCACUGACUCCAGCCUGGUCAUCACCAUGGAGGAGAGUCAGGUGGAGGUGAAGGCAGCGAGGAGGAGAGCGGUGAGGAAGAGGAGGGGCAAACUGACUGAGGAGGAAGAGGAGCAGAGGGGUGGAGUCUCAGAGAGUGAUGAAGAGGAGGCAGCGGGGGUGGGGGUGGAGAUUGACAGACAGCUUGACCAAUCACUGGAGACCAAGUCCAAACAACACAACCUGACCACAGUGAAUGUCAGAAACAUCAUUCAUGAAGUAAUCACUAACGAACAUGUGGUGGCCAUGAUGAAAGCUGCCAUCAACGAGACCGAGGCCGUCCCUCCAUUUGAACCGAAAAUGACUCGAUCCAAAUUUAAAGAAGUGGUGGAGAAAGGAGUGGUGAUUCCAGCCUGGAACAUAUCUCCCAUCAAGAAAACCAGUGAUGUCAACAAGGCUCCUCAGUUCAUGGACAUCCCUCUGGCUGAGGAAGACUCCUCUGAUGAAGAGUAUCGUCCUGAUGAGGAAGACGAGGAUGAGACAGCUGAAGACACUUUCCAGGAGAGCGACAUGGAGAGCACUGCGUCGUCUCCCAGAGGAAGUCGACUGAGCAGAGUGGAAGAGGACAGCUGCAGCCCCUGGCAGGUAAAACACACACAGUCCUGUCAGAGCCGGUCCAAGACUUUGAGGGCGCGGUCCAUCUCGAUGGGCCCUCCCCCUCCUCCCAAAGCCCCGCCUCCCAAAGCAGUGACUGACAGCACCUUCCUGGAGAAGCUUCACGCUGUGGAGGAAGAGCUGGCUGUGUGUAUGGAGCCAUACCAGCCUCUGUCAGAGUCUGAGGACGAGGUGGGUCUGAUGGCGUACCGGACCCGGUCAAAGCGUCCUCUGAGGGAUGUCCCUCUGGGCCGGCUGGAGGCGGAGCUCCGAGCUCCUGACAUCACACCUGACAUGUACGACUCUGGCUCCGCCCACGAGGACAGGGAGUGGACUGAUUGGCUGAGAGGCCUGAUGAGCUCAGAGAUGGACAACGACGUGUGUUACAGUGUGUUACAGUGUGUGUGUGUGUGUGUGUCUCUGUCAGAGGAGUGUGAUGAUGAAGACGACCCUGAGUAUAACUUCCUGGCCGACAUCGAUGAACCAGACCUGGAGGAUUACCGUGACGACAAGGCUGUCCGCAUCACCAAGAAGGAGGUGAACGAGCUGAUGGAGGAGCUGUUUGAAACAUUAAAGGAGGACCUUGUGGGACAGGAAGUGGACGAUGAAGGUCACGAGGAGGAGGAGGAGCCUCAGGAGGAGACACACAGUGUUCAGACACACACACCUGAGCAGCCGCACAGCAUAGGGCAGGCUGAUGACGAGGCGGAGGAUCAACCAAUCACAGAGCUGCGUACGGUGAAGCAGCAGCUGGAUCUGAUCAGGAGGAGACAACACACUCUCUGUAACACACACACACACAGUGCUGAGCCGUUCACUCUGAAGCUGGACGCAGGACAGAAGCUCAGACUGCAGCAGCAGCUCCAACAGCAUGUGCAGCUGCUGACCCAGAUCCACCUACUGAGUUCACCUGUGGCCAAACUCCAGAGUGAGGCUGAGACCACCAGACAGUUCCUGGUGGAGCUGGACGUCCUGGCCCACAGAGCCGAGCUCCUCGUGGCCUCGGCUCGUCCUGGUUUCUGCAGCUCCUUCAGAUCCUCCAACCUGCAAGAGGCACUGCAGCUGCUGGAGGAGCUGAGACAUACCCCCGUCACAUACCAGCCUCAGCGCCACCCGCCUGACGCCAGAGGACACAUGCGCUGUUUCCCUGUGAUGCCGCCUGAACUGGCCUGGAUCUUCGCCACUCGUCCGGUGUUCCUGCACCCGGAGCUGUUACCCUGUGUGAACCUGGACCCUGAUCUGUACUGCCCCCGCAGGACGGCGGCCUUCACUGCAGCUGAGGACUGCCUCCUGGUUCUGGGUCUCAGGAACAUGGAUGGGUCAUGUGACCCUGCUAAGCUGGUGUCCCAGUUCCUACUGAGGAAGACUCUGGUCCAGGUGCGACGGAGGAUCCUGCAGUGCUGCAGACCUGGUUUCCCCGACAACAUCGUCAAGGUGUUUAGGUACCAGCGGGUUCUGUGGCCGAUGCCGGCAGCGUGUCGUCCCGUGGACCCGGCGGAGCGGCGACCCCCGGUGGAGAGAGAAGAGAGCGUCCUGCCUCUGUGGCUGGUGAGGAGUCUUCCUGUCAUCUACCCGAUCAUUAAACACUACAACGCCCCGCCCGGCGCCACUCCUGAGGCCUCGCCCCCCUGCAGGGGGGGUCGACCCCGGCAGAGUCAUCUGACCUUCCUCCGCUCCUCCCCCACCUACAGUUUCCCCCCGGGGACUCGCUACCCCCCCCGUCUCCCCCACAACCUCGACCUCAGACGCAUCGGCUUUGUCCUGCUGCAGCAGCCCCUCCCCUCCCCCCCCCCCUCGGACUCCUCCCGUUCACCUGGCCGACAGGUGGACCCUCCCUCCUCCUCCCCCCCGACUCUCAGCCCCCCCCAGGUCCUCCUCCGCCGACUUCUGCUGACCAGUACCGAUGCCCCCGCUGACAUCACCUCCUCCACCGUCUCCAUGACGACCACAGAGCGAAUCAGACGUCACUAUCAGACACUGGCUGGCCUGAAGAGGAGGAGGAGGAGGACGUCUCAACCUCUCACAGAGGAGAAACUCCCCCUAAACAGAGGAGGAGUCACACUGACUCCUCCUCCUGAAAGCCCCACCCCCUCCCAGGUGGAGGAGGACGAUGAUGUCAUCAGGAUGAACGAGGAGGAGGAGGAGGACGAGGGGGAGGUCCUCCUGGCUCUGUCUGAGUCGUCGUCCAGCGCCACAGGAAGUGUCGCCCAUGAGGACGACCUGGCUGACCCCAAAGAGGCGGAGCCAGAGGAAGUGAUGCUGACACCGUCCAGAGGAGGAGAGACGUCUGCAGAGGAGACACCGCAGGAGCUGUCAUCAGAGGAUACUGAGGAGGAGGAGGAUGAAGGUCAGAGGGAGGAGGAGCUGUUUGCUCAGGAUUACCUCCACAGAGUGUGUGAGGCGGUGCGGGUGUGUCCAGGUGUGUCUGAGCAGCUACUGCAGGUGCUGGAUCAGUCCUCGGGGGCGGAGCCAGAGCACCUGUACGACAGACUCAGGUGUGUCCUGCAGCCGUGGCCUCAGCUGCACCGAGACUUCGCCGCCUUCCUGAGCCCAGGACAGGCCCACCGCUGCGGCCUGCUGUUGGAGCAGCAGCUGUUUGAGCGUAGCCGGCAGUUUCUACGGCGACUGAGGCAGAGCCUAGGAGAGAGCUCUGCCCUCUACCAACAGGUGGUGUUGGUGCUGCAGGGAAGCCCCGCCCCCCCACCUGAGGACAUGGAGAAGAUCUCAUCGCUCCUCAGGCUCCACCCUCACCUGCAGGAGUCCUUCCUGCAGCUUCACGCAGUCUCGUCGUCCAUAGCAACAGACAAUGUCGCUCCCGACGGAAAGAGGACGGAGGAGGAGCAUCAGAUGUCUGAGAGCGAAACAGGAAGUGACCGAGAGGAGGAAGAGGAGCGAGCGGUUGUCUGGACUCGUGAAGCGGACCGCGCCAUCCUGACCGCCUGUCAGCAGAGAGGAGCCAACAGGAGAACGUUCAGACAGGUGUCGGCUCACCUGGGAGACAAGACCCCCCGACAGGUGAAUCUUCGUUUCCUCCACCUGAUGAACCUGUUCCAGUCCACUUCCUGUUCCUCGGAGGGCUGGCCAAUCAGCAGUCAGGAAGCAGCCCCCGACUAAACCAAAGACCAAUUACAAACGAGUCUGCAGCCAACCUCAGAGUCUGAUCCACAUCUGCUGAUCCUGAACUCCAGUGGAGCACUGGAUCUGGUUUAGACUGGUCUGAGUUCAGGAUCAUCAGAGGAACUGGUUCACAGUCACUGUGUUUUCAUUAAGGACUGAGACUUUGGACCAGAUACAUUAGAACCUCAACAGCUGGACCGGUCUCCAGAUGUGAUCUGAGGUCAGGAUGGAAGAUUCUGACAGUUCCUGUUCUGAAGUUUGAGACUCAUAUUCAGUUUAUUUAGAUGAGUCUGGACCCACCUGGUUCAGGUCCAGGAUCAUCAGAGUCUGGGUUUCAGUUCUUGAAGGUUUUAGUUCAGAGGUUCGAAGGAUCCUCAGUCUGAUCAGGCUGCUCGUUAUUUAUUAUGUGACAACAUGAAGGAAACAGUAAAAACAGCUCAGGUCUGAGGACCAUAACAUUCGGAGGCUGAUUCUCACUCUGACUCCGAUAUUGAUCCGAUCAGCUGAUUUAUUGUAAAAAUCUUCAAACUUUAAUUUAUUUUCUUUCUGCAGUUUCAGAAACUGUUUUUUUUUUUUUCUGAGAAGUUCAGUUUUCCCAUGAUGCAUCAGGAUUAACCCACCUGAUCGUUCCCAUGAUUCAUAGCGGCCUUACCCGUGUUAGUGAAAGAUGAGAGCUGACGUUCUGUGAAGGUUUUAUAGAAAACGUUUGUUUAUUCAUAUUGAAUAUGAAGGAGGGAAGGUUUGAUUCAAUAAAAACAUUUUUACACAUUUUUCAAA